AUGAGAAGAAAUGCAGACGACACUGCUACCGAGAUGUACUUGACCAAAGCCAAAGGAUGGGUUCCCGGCGCCGAUGUNCCCCCUGAGCUUCUUCGAGCGUGGGUAGAGUCAAACCCGCCAUCGCGGCGCUCUGGCAUAGGUUCAGACGCUGAGGUCAACGGCGUAAGGAGAGUCCAGAAUGGUGAACUGGAGGUAAACUACAAGAAAAAUGGCAAGAACGAAGCAGGCAAUCUCUGGAACUUCACAUGGGUUCCCGCCAGCGUAGCAGACCCAGAAAAGGAAUCCAUGUUCGCAAAAUUCGACAAGGAGAGCGUUGAGAGGGACAUGGAAGUUUUGAGCCCAGGUCCACGACUCUCUGGUCUCGAGACUCGUCUCAAUAUGCUUGACGAUCUGCUUGAUGAAGUUACCGUGGAGAUUGUCAAGCCACUCUGGGUGUCUGGUUCACCACCACCUGCAGUCCAUGAUACCAAGAUUCCUGCACAUACUCCUCACUAUGCACUCCCUAUACCAUUUCAAGGCUGUUGCGACGAUGCUGCAAGACAACCAGAUACCCUCACCCACAGCACCCUUGUCGCAGCAUGUCAAUCCACAAAACACCUCCCAAACACUCUCAACUUCAACGCCUCUCGCCACCUCAUCUGCACCACCUGCCAUGAAACCCCACCCAUCCACCGCCUCACCCAGCGCGAAAAAACCCACUUGAUCAGAGACAAAGGCCUCUUACCUCUCUGCAUCUCCUACGCAGAAUGGUGGUGCAAUGUCCAUGACAUCAGCUCCGAGAAAGACGGCAAUUACUGUACUUGCAAACAGCAGGUUGCCCAGUGGCUGUGUGCUGAUUGUUGGGUUGAGGUGGCCAGAGCCAGAGGCCGCACAAGAGAUGAGAUCCAGAUGUGUGAUUGCGCUCAAGAUCAAGGUGCUAGAGCUGUGAUGAGUGAGAUUGUGCGUAUCUGCUCUGGUUGUCGUGGACUUGUGGUCAAUCGCGGUGGUGCAACCUGA